AUGGUUGCUGUUGUCGACUGGGUUCGCCUAGCUGGAGCGAGUCAGGGGAAAUUGAAAGUCUUGCAGGGUGCCUUAGUAGAUAUGAGAGAGGAGGACCGAUCAGAGCAACUUGAGGACCAAGUGAGUUCUCUCACUCAAGAGAAGGAUGUGCUAGUGAGUAGACUGGCAAGGUACCAACGUCAAUUAGCUCGAGCCAAUGUUGAAGGUGUCGUUGCUCAAGGUAAUUUUCAAUGGGUGUUGCAGAAGGGGGUGGUUCGUAUGAUUGACAGGGUCAUCAAGAGCACUGAGUUCGCCAAAGGGGUCCACAAUGUUCGUGAGGAUUGUGAAGUCGUUGGGUUUUAA